AUGCCCACAACCAGGGGCCCAACACCAACCUUCAUGCCCACAACCAGGGGCCCAACACCAACCUUCAUGCCCACAACCAGGGCCCCAACACCAACCUUCAUGCCCACAACCAGGGCCCCAACACCAACCUUCAUGCCCACAACCAGGGCCCCAACACCAACCUUCAUGCCCACAACCAGGGGCCCAACACCAACCUACAUGCCCACAACCAGGGCCCCAACACCAACCUUCAUGCCCACAACCAGGGGCCCAACACCAACCUUCAUGCCCACAACCAGGGCCCCAACACCAACCUUCAUGCCCACAACCAGGGGCCCAACACCAACCUUCAUGCCCACAACCAGGGCCCCAACACCAACCUUCAUGCCCACAACCAGGGCCCCAACACCAACCUUCAUGCCCACAACCAGGGCCCCAACACCAACCUUCAUGCCCACAACCAGGGGCCCAACACCAACCUUCAUGCCCACAACCAGGGGCCCAACACCAACCUUCAUGCCCACAACCAGGGGCCCAACACCAACCUUCAUGCCCACAACCAGGGCCCCAACACCAACCUUCAUGCCCACAACCAGGAGCCCAACCCCAACCUUCAUGCCCACAACCAGGGGCCCAACACCAACCUUCAUGCCCACAACCAGGGGCCCCAACCCCAACCUUCAUGCCCACAACCAGGGCCCCAACACCAACCUUCAUGCCCACAACCAGGGCCCCAACCCCAACCUUCAUGCCCACAACCAGGGCCCCAACCCAAACCUUCAUGCCCACAACCAGCCCCCAGCCCAACUACCAUAA